UAUGUGUGUAUGGCUCCCCCAAACUACUUGGUAUUUGCUGUAGUUUUUUUUUUUUUAGCGUAUUUAUAUAUUUUAUAUAAGUUCAUGUAAACAGUUCGGUUAACGGGUAUGUAUGAUUUUGCCGUUAAACGUUUCAUACUCUCUUCGUGUUUUUAACUGUUCUACUAAUAAAAUAGAGUAACGUUACUGUUCGUUUCGGCUUAACGUUACCGCAGGAACAGAUGCUAUUUAGCUUGAUCAUGUAUCAUGUAACUGUCAUGUAUCAGUAAUAUUCGUGAAAUCUUUUGUAAAUAAAACCGCAGGAUGUCUCGUAUUUGUAAGAAGAAACCGGCUGUGUGCACAGACGAGCCGCUUUCCAACAGUAGCAUCUGUCAAAAGAUUGCUCUGUUGAGAGACAUACUCCGUACCAGCUACGGACCUACUGGCAGAUUAAAACAAAUUCACAACAACGUUGGCGGGCAUGUGUUGACCACUUCAACUUCCACAGUGUUGCUCAAACGAUUAGAUUUAUCAGAGCCAAUUCUCAAAUUAAUCUCAACUUCUAUUCAACAUCACACCACGCGUUACAGUGACUGUGGGCUGUUUAUGGGGAUUUUUACUCUCCAACUCAUUGAAAGUACUCAGAAACUUGGUCUCAGGACUGUUGCCGCAUCCAAGGUAUACAAGCACCUUUUGGAAGAAUGCAACAUGUAUGUUAAAGGCGACAGCUGCAUUUGUAAGGUCCGAGUGGACUUUACCAGCUGUAAUUCACUGGUUGCACUGGCUACCAGUAUGCUUACCAGCAAACCUGCCUGCAUGUUGAAUAGCAGAGAGAAGCAACAUAUCAGUUCACUGAUCACACAGGCCUUCCUGUAUUCUAUCCCAUGCAACUCUCCCGGUGUGACCUGUUUUGGCCGUACGGUCACCAUUGCUAUUGAAAGCCAAUCGGUGAGCGAUUCUGCUGUUUUUCCGGGACUGUUGGUGGAUGUUCCUGAGAUGCUUCAGUCUGCAGACCUUAAGAGACUGGGACCUGGUCCAUUUAAAGUGGUGCUUUUUAGCACAUCUUUGGCAGGUGAUAUCUCAGAAGUUGGUGAUGUGGCAUUGGAGGUCCAUGAGGGUGUGGACCCAGACUUUGAGGUCCUUCAGCAGCUCCUGAGGCUUGGAGAAAACAUUGUUAAGAAUAAAGCGACCUUAUUUGCAUGUCAGAAAGUAGUACAUCCAGUUCUGCAGCAAUAUUUGAGGGAGUAUGGAGUGAUUGUUAUAGAGAGACUUGGACUUGGUCUGAUGGACCCAUUUGUGCAGAUAACAGGUGCUCAGGCUGUUGCCUCUCUGUGCUCUCCAGUCCCUCCUGAAGCUUACGGGCUGAUUAAAGGCUUCAGUUUCCAAUCAUGUGGAUCCAGAGAGCUGCUCCAGCUCCUUCCUUGUAAAGAUUUUCCAUUUAGCACCAUGGUUCUCUGCCAUAGAAAUGAAACUAUGCUGGAAGAACUCAAGAUGACAUGCCAAAGAGCAGAACAUGUUUUGCGACUGACUCUGAGGGAGCCCUACGCCCUGCUCGGAGGAGGCUGUACAGAGACACUUCUGGCCACCCACAUUACACACAUGAGUCAGUCCACGGCUUCCAAAACAGCCACAAGUCUUGGUGUCUCUCACUCUGAGUUUCUUAUGGCGGUGGAGGUAUUCUGCAGUUCUCUGCGAGCUGUGACUCUUUCUUUAGAACAUGACGGACAGGACUGUCUCAUUGACUUGACAUAUGCUCACCGCUGGGUCUCAGAUAUGGACUCACACACCAGUGUUAGACGGGCCUGUGGCUGUGGCCUGGUGGAGGACAGAUCCAACCUGGAGAAGACCCCUUUAAAUACAGCGUACCACACAUUCUGUCCUGUUUCCCUGGAAAACACUGACAAUCAGCCCAAAAUAUUAGAUUCAUUCUCUGCCAAGCUCAGUGCUUUGAAUGUCGCUGUCGAGAUCGCUAGUCUUGUUCUAGAUGUAAAAUACAUAAUCAGGGAUGUAAAUUAAAUUUGGAUGAGAAUAUUUUACAGCUGAAUUGAGGGUGGCAUGAAAUGGCCUUAAUAUUUAUAUUUAUACAAAUAUAAUUUUAUAUAUUUAUAUAAUAAAGCCUUAUAUGAAGAAGUGAGCUUGUAAUACACAGGUUGAAAGCCACCGAAACAAUAACAAGGAACAAAAUCGAAAUGCAUACUUUUAUUUUCACAAGUAUAGUCAUAGGGGUAAUUGUUUUUUAUAAAGUUGGCUUGUAAUAUUUAUGGUUAAUUCAUUCUCUUAAUUUACCAGUCUUUGGCAGAUGUGACUUGAAGUUAAUUGAGACCAAGUCAUUUCCCUCGUGCCCUUCAGCACCACAACAAGUGCACUGUAGAAAUAAAUGUUCUGCUUUGUGUGAUAAUAUGACUUCAUCAGACUGCAUAGCGAAUUUCCUAAGAGAGAAAUGUGUCCAAGUGUUAUGUUGAUGUACUGUAAUUCUUAGGCAUCAACACUGGUGUAGUCUUUGAUUUCAGAGCCUAAAUGCGAAAUAAUGAAGUAUCAGUGUUGUGAAGUUUAAGCCCUCAGCUUUAAUGAGGGUACGAAAAGCACUUUGUUAGUUACUGUUACUUUUGUAUUUGUUAUUUAAAUCAGCAUUUCCAACACAUUUUACUUCUCUGAUGUGAAAUUUCUGUGGGAAAGAGAAAAAGACUAAAAGAAACUAUUCACAGAAACUAUUUGGAUUUAGAACAGUUGUGUGAAUGCACAUACAAUGUAUAGAUUAAAUGCACUGUAAAUUGUUGAUUUUAAACACUCAUUGCAGCAUUAAUGUAUUGCAUCCUAAUAGUUUUUGUACGUUGUUUUUUGCAAUGCAUUCACGUGGUUUAGAUACUUACUUAGUAAUUGCGAUUUAAUUAACUUAUAUGUGGUUUUAUACCUUGAAAGUGCGUCUUUGUUUCCAUAUUGGUCAUUCCUCUUUAUUGGGAAUUAGUCAACAGCUCUCUGGAAUCAUUUAUUCUGAUUGGUCAGUUGCGGCAUUCAGCACGGUAGCAAUCACGUAUUGAUCAUCACCGUUUGCAUGCCAUAACGCUGGCGUGAUCUCUCUGGUUUUAUACACAAACGUGUAAUACCGUGCACGAUUAUAACCCGUUUCUUGUAAGUAAAAAGUUAAGAUUAGUAACUGAACUUUUAUAGGUGUAUAAAACUCUUAUGAUAAAACUCAAAAUUUCUUGUUUACGUGGGAAAAUGAAAACACGUCACGCUGAAAGAACAAGAGACGGUAAGACACAUUU